AUGCUGGACACCAUCCUCCCUUCGCUGCAGGACGUCGGCAGGCACCUGCUGCCCACGCUGCCCUCGCUGAGCCAGGAGGAAGUUUCUACUAUUUGGGGAAAUGUGUCAGAAUUUGUGGAACGGCAGCUAUCCUUACACAAGGGAGUUCAGAUUCCUGGACUUGGAACUUUCACUUUCAUGAGACAAAAGCUUGAGGUGGGAAACAAGAAGUUUUUCCUAAUUCAGAGGCCGGUAUUUAUCAUGGCAGAGAAGUUAGUACAGAUGCAUGGACUCAAACAAAACAGAGUAUAUACUCCUGGUGAUAUCCCAAUAGUUCCACUUAAUUUUGUCAUGAUAUCCUUGGAGGGUCCAUUUAGCAGAGAUAUAGUGGAAGGAUGUGUGAAGGAGACACUGCUUUUUUUGUCACGAUCCAUUUCCAUCAAACAAAAUGUGGAGUUCACAUUCAAAGGAAUUGGGGUCCUCAUGAUCAAAGACAGCAAAGUCAAGAUGAGAUUCUAUAAGGACUUCCUUUGUACAAUGGAUGGAAGCGGGGCUUUGGCAAAAGCCCUGACAAAUAGGCCUGACACAGUGGACUCAGUAUUGUCUAGCAGAGAGAACUUGGGGAAGCGACCCAACAGCGUGCUUGCAUUUCCAAGGAUUGAGCUCAAGGAGAUGGAGAACAAACCACCUAUGGAGACCAUUGCAGAAGAAGAUGGACAGAAUGGACAGAGGAAGGACAAAUUAAAAGACCAGUCAGACAAAGAAGGUGUCCCAGAGAUUUUAUUACCCAAGACAGCUCAAGAUAGACCAGCUGUCUCUACUGCCAAAGGGACAAAUGUCAGUUUGCCAAAUAAACUGGAGCAGAAUGGGAGUGGUGGGAAGAAUAUGAACCAUGAAAGUGUAUCAUUUCCAGGUGGACUGAAAAAUGAUCAUGCAAUGAAGCCUAAAAUUUCUCCAGGCACUUCUUGCAAGGACCAUCAUAGGGCAGGACAGGAAAUGUGUUACAUAUGCUUGCAACGAGCACAGCGAAAUUCCCCACUGUACUACACCGAGGAGAGGAGGAGGAGAGAGAUGGAAGAUGAGCGAGUCAUCCAGGAGUAUCUCAUGUUGAAAGACCAAGAGACUAUCUUCAAAGAGCAGAUGAGAAGUCUGGCUAGUAGAGAACAGAAUCAAAAGAAUGCCGCCUAUAAUCUUGGAGUUGCUGAAGCUAUAAGAAUCCACAAGAAUGAGAAACCUGAAUUUUAUAAAUCCUUCCUAUUUGAUAAACGGCCACUCAGUCCUGAGAUUAAUGCUUUUAAGCAAGAGGAGUAUUCCCAAAGUCUCCUGAGACAAAUGGAUCACAGACGGAAAAAGGACAUAAAGCAAAGGCAAAACAGAGAGCUGAUGGACCGCCUGGAACAAGUGCAGCUCACAGAGGAACUUGCUGCACAAAGAGCCAAAUAUAUAAAAGAUAAGAUGGAAGAAACACAGUGUUACAAGAGAGCUCUGGAUGCCCAGAUAAAGAACAGAUGCCCUCAGCUGCCUGUGUUUGAGCCAGACUCUUCUAAGCCCAUCUUUGGUAAGAAUGAGGGUGAGAUGAUGGUGGAAAAGCGAAAGAGAGACCGGAAUUACAUGAAGCAUCAGAUGGAGGCCGCUGCUAACAACAAGAGGAGAGCCAUCCUGCACCAGCUGGUGGACCAAGAGCGGGAUUUGCUGAUGCUUCAGAGGACACACAAAGAGCACUUGGCAGACAGAAAUGCUGAGCUUGAGCGAAUGAACAGAAUCAACCAAAGCUUACAGGAUGAUUGGGAAAGGAGUACUGUCAUGAAGAAGCAUCGAGACUUGGAGGAGAAGGCUUUUGAGCGGGCCUCCGACAAGCUCUUCCUGCUGGACCAAUGUGAGAAGUACCGGCGCUGCAAGCAGUGCCAGAGGCGCACCUCCAACAGGGGCGAGAGCAACCUGUGGCCCCUCAACAAGUACAUGCAUGGCUCCCGGUUGUUCGUAUAAAACCCAGAGUCUGGGCCUGCGUCUCCUGGGGAGUCUUUUGUUUAAGGGUGAUGGUGAAACUUCAUGUUUUUACUUUAGAGGAAAAAUAAUAAUAAUAAUAAUAAUACUGUGCCAUUCUGGUGCUUUUUGGAGUAGAUCAGAUUCCUGUAGACGGCUUCUCCCUGCCCGUCUCCCUCCCAAUACUCCCUAGGCCACCAAGGAGCCUGGACUGGGAAGUGGAACCCUGCUUCACUGUGGUUGAGAGGGAGUUGCUGAUCUAACCCACCACCCGCGCUGUGACUUUGUU